UGCACGGUACAGUCUAUCAUCUCAGCGUUUGAAAAAAAAUGUCCCUCUUGGUCCACCGUCGAGAUCUGCGCAUGCGCAGUAGUUGUUACGGCCACAUUACCGCCUGAGCCUGCGCUGGAGAGGCGCUCAUCCACCGUCGUAUUCAGCACGAUCACUAACUCACUGCAUGAUCAAAACGGCCUGUUACGCGAUUCAUGAACAAAUCUUUAUCCAAAGCCAGUAGUGGACUCAUCCCAGAAGCCAAGAACAGUUUUAUUACCACCUCAGCAGCCGCCGUGCUUCUCUUUUGGACUGUCGGGCUGACGUUGAACUUGCUUCUAUAAACCCAUUUUCUCCAACUUGGUCGUCAUGGCAACUGAGGAGAAGAAACCAGACACGGAGGCUACUAAAACACAGCCAGCAUCAGCUGCCUCCGCCAGCCAGAGCAAGUCAGCACCUGUGAAGCCAAACUAUACCUUGAAAUUCACAUUGGCUGGCCAUACAAAAGCAGUCUCUUCUGUCAAGUUCAGUCCGAGUGGGGAGUGGCUCGCAAGCUCAUCUGCUGAUAAACUGAUCAAAAUAUGGGGUGCAUAUGAUGGCAAGUUUGAAAAGACGAUAUCUGGACACAAACUGGGCAUCUCGGAUGUGGCCUGGUCCUCUGACUCAAACCUCCUGGUCUCAGCUUCCGAUGACAAGACACUGAAAAUUUGGGACGUGAGCUCUGGGAAGUGUUUAAAGACACUGAAGGGUCACAGCAACUAUGUAUUUUGCUGUAACUUCAACCCCCAGUCCAACCUCAUCGUAUCUGGAUCUUUUGACGAGAGUGUGAGGAUUUGGGAUGUUAAAACUGGAAAAUGUCUCAAGACGCUGCCAGCGCACUCAGACCCUGUCUCUGCAGUUCAUUUCAACAGAGACGGCUCAUUGAUUGUUUCCAGCAGUUAUGAUGGACUUUGCCGUAUAUGGGACACAGCAUCAGGGCAGUGCCUUAAAACACUCAUCGAUGAUGACAACCCACCUGUGUCAUUUGUGAAGUUCUCCCCCAAUGGCAAAUACAUCCUGGCUGCCACUCUGGAUAACACUUUGAAGCUUUGGGACUACAGCAAAGGAAAGUGUUUGAAAACAUAUACCGGUCAUAAAAACGAGAAGUACUGCAUAUUUGCUAACUUCUCUGUCACUGGUGGAAAGUGGAUUGUCUCCGGCUCAGAGGACAACAUGGUGUAUAUUUGGAACCUUCAGACCAAGGAGAUCGUACAGAAACUACAAGGGCACACAGAUGUGGUGAUCUCAACCGCAUGUCACCCCACAGAAAACAUCAUUGCAUCAGCAGCACUAGAAAAUGACAAAACCAUCAAACUUUGGAAGAGCGACUGCUAAACCUCAAGCUUAUUUUACUUUAUUAUUUUGUUAAAUUUUUUUUUUUAAUUUUGUACUAUUCAUUUUGUGUGAGGGGAAGAGACUUUUUUUUUUUUUCAUUUGAAAGGUCACGCUAGAGCAUUCACACUGACAUCAAGGCUCAGCAAGGGGACUGGCUCGCACUAGCCCGACAUACAGUACCUUCUCCUAACACAGCACCCCUCUCUCCGCUCACGUGAACUAAAGCAUUCACUUUCUCUCUGCCUUGCCGCCAGCUCUCUUUCAUCAGUUUAAGCAUCCAGCAAAACUUUUAACCAGUCUGUAAUUUUAGGCAGCUUUGUUUGAACUCCACAGAUGUAUUAGGACAAAGAGAGCGUUCCUGUCUUUUUGUUUUGUUUUUUCCUGUAAGUUUUGUAGAAUGACAUCUAUCUGUCUAUCAGUGGUUUGCACACUUCCUGAUGCCAGCAGAGUGCCUUGGGCACAUUUUAAGUGGCCAUUUUAACAAAUGUUUGGAGUAUUACAAUUUCUCUGCCUGUAUUUGUGGCAUUUAUAUGAGCAGUUUGCAGCUUCACUCCAUUAUUUGGCCGAAAAGAGGUUUCACAAACUUCUCAGUUGUGAACGCCUCAAAGAAUUACGUUGACUUGCCAAUGUCAAAUCAAACCUCUAUGUAUGAAAUGUGUUGUCUGGCAGAAAGGUAUUUUGAACAUCCACUAUUUCAUGUUUAUUUCUGUACAGCACCGAAAUGCAACUGUUAUAUCAGCAAUUAAAACAAUUCAUUGUGUUAUAGUUGCUAAGCUAGUUGUCAGACAUUGUUUAUGGUUUUCAGUGGCUUUAAGUGGCUAAAUGUCAUCUAGGCAGUGCUAACAAUAAAACUUUCUUUUUUGUUAUAUAACCCUAUAGCAGUCGCAGACAUAAUGUAUGCCAAAACUUCACUUUAUUCCUACAGCUGAAACUACCUGUAACACCUCUGUUCAUAUCAGUUUUGGUGCUUAUGAAAAAUAAAACUGUACAUAUACAUCUGGAUGGAACAGCAGCUUGGUCACUUAAAAGAAAAGGUUUCCAGUAGAUGUCAAUUACACAAGCAUCAAAAAACAAUUCUUACCAGCACAAUCUGGUAAAACACAUUCAGUUUCUAAUUAUGAUGUGGUUUCAAUUACACAACUUAUGCAAGGAGGAGUGUUGCUGUGAAGUGGGUAUGCCAUAACCUUUUAUCUCGUGACCAAAAGCAGUCUGGAUGUAUUUGGAGCCUUGAGAUGUUUCUGUAUCUGAGACUUUGUACAUACUUGCAGCUUCUCUGUUCUUUGAUACGUUUACCUCUGUUCUGUGGUCUUAUUAACUGUCUCAAGUAGGUGAUAGUAUUUUAAUAAGAGUGUUUUAUUUUUCCUGCUCGAUGUGGAUGAUGGCUUGGCAUUAACCCAUCCUCUGCCUCUGGACUCUCUCUGUUCCUUUGUUCUUGACCGGAUUGCAAGUGCACUGCAGUGAUGACAAGGGCCGCAUGAGGAAUUCUAUCUGUAUUGCAUUUAGUCACUUUGGAGCUGACCUGUGACUCAAUAAAUUUUUUUUUUGACCUGUG